AAUGAUUUGAGGACACAUUUUAGUUGUACCUGUUGUUGUCUACACAGAGCAAUUGAUGGUUCUCCAUGACGCACUUUACGCCUUUACUGACACUGUGGUGUGUAUUUGUACUGAUGGUUGGAACAGGCGUUUGGGCCAGAGAUGUCCUUGGUGGAAUUGGUCUGAAGAUGGACUGUGUUAGUUCGAAUACCUCUGCCUCUGUUGAAUGGUGUAAGAAGGAACAAUGUGGUGAUGACGACCCCGCAAUUGAAUGCUGGGAACAGAACACCCUGCAAAUCGAAAAUGUGUCGUAUCACAAAGAUAAAGGCUGUUACCUGUGCAUGGACCAAGACACUAACGAAACACUACACAACGAAUCCUUCAAUAUAUACGAAACUCCUAAGAGAGUAUGGCUGACAGAUAAAACCGGUGUACCCCUAGUCUCCGUGGCUGGCAGGUUAGGCGACGUUGUAAGCUUGGCCUGUAAUGUUCCAUGCUCUAACCCGGAACCUCGUGUCCUGUGGGAAGACAGUAAUGGCAUAUCAAUAGGCAACGGAAGUCUCAUGCCAGAGGGCGAGUGCAACUACACUAGUGCCAUCGAUGUCAAACUGACUCCCGGCUUGGCGGGAAAUACCAUAAAGUGUUUAGCUCAGAAUAUUGAAAUGUGGCCGCCAGUUAGUGCAGCAUCCGAGGUUAUACUUACACCAACUGAUGUUACCCUCUACGCGUCACCUAGUCAUCGUGGCGCGUCUGUCAUUGACCUCUGCAGGGAAGAGGUUGCCAAUGUGACGUGCGAAGCAAAGGACGUGUUUCCCCCUCCCAACUUCCAGUGGAAACUGGGUGGGAAACCUGUGCAGUCCUAUGCAUCUGAGUCAAACAACAAUACAUCCUGCAACAACUACACCUGUUUCAACUAUAUCUCACUCAAAAUAACACUACACCACCAUGGCGAACUCUUAUCUUGCACAGCCUGGAAUCACUUCGGAAACAAGGUGACAACAACAUCCAAGAUCAAAACGCGAGGUCCCCCAAUAUUUGAGAAGAAACACCACAUUGUAGAAGCAAAGCAACAUCACAGAAUAAAAAUGGCUGUCUUUUUCUUCACCUACCCAUUGUUCACAACGGUUAAAUGGGAACGACUCGCUGAUCACCAGUGGACACCGAUUUCCAGGAAACUCCACAGUGAGGAUAAAGCGGUCGUCCGAUUCAGGUCAGAGGGGAAGGAUGGCAGUUUUUGUGGGAAUUUUACUACAUUGGUAAUACCGGAUGUGCGAGAAGAAGACGCUGGUCUCUUCAAGGUGACAGUUGUGAACGAUGAGGGGGAGAAAUCUGUAAACAUUACUGUCAAGAUGAAGACUGCAGUUAGCUCCGAUGAAUUCCCUCUGUUUUGGCUAGUAGUGGUUGCAGUGGUAAUACUUGUUGGUAUUGGUAGCAUCUGGAUAGCUAUCUUGUACAUAAAACUCAGACGUAAAAAUGAUCGUAAGCAGGCUGUAUCGGAGAUGGUGAACUUGCAAUCGACGUCUGCUUCGUCAACUCAGUCCAGACCACGGCUUAGCACUCCUAGAGCCUCUGUAGCUGGGACAUAUGCCGAUAUUGAUGAAUUAUUUGCCAGUACUAUGGCCAUGUUCCCGAUGGAGCCAUUUAGAGAAGCGGCCAUCGACGUUGAGGGCUACGAGGUACCUGUGAUUCGCAAUCCCACAGGCAGAAAGCCAAUGUCGGACACUCCUGACUACGUUAACACCUGUGAUCGGGAUCCUCUAACAACAGCUUCAGUGUAAAGAAUCUAGACGUAUCUGAUAUUAAAUUUCAAAACAGUGCGGAAAGCAUUGAAUGUUUACUGUGGAGUAUUUUGUAUAUCGUUGAUUUGAACAGUUGUGGCGGGGAAGUUGGGGCACAGCAUAUGCUGGCCCUCCAAUGCCAGGAGCUAUUUCGCUGUAGUUGCUAUUGCUUUUUAUAUAGCCUUACUUAUAUAAAAGUUUUUGACCACCAAAGCUAUGAAAGUAAGACCGUGUAUCCAUUACUACUGAAGAUAUAUAUUUAAUCAAUCUGCUGCUCCCUAACAUCAAAGAGGACUAUAAGCUGACCCCUAGCAGCUAUGAAGCUCGUCAAUCCGUCACGAAUCUGUGUUCCAUACGUUUACAGAGCGGUUCAUUGUAAUGAAUUGAAACAUAUUUUUUUCCUGAAGAGUAUUGGUUUUCACAAUUUACAAAGCGAGUGUUAUAGAUCGCUUCUAAAACUUGCACAUCUACAUAAAAUUUUAAUCUGAGGGAAAUCUGAGGGUUUUAUGUUCCGGCUUUUAAAAUAUAUUAUGUUUUUCAAAUUCAUUUAUAUAAUUGUAACAGAAGUUUGAAUUUACCGAACUUACUGCGUGUCAUUACCUCAUAUCUCAAAUAUCGCUGAUUGUGAAUAUAGCAGAUUGUAUCUUGUAACGUUUAUAACCGACCUGUGCAUUUUUCACUCAAAUUUAUAAUCCAGUUGUUUUUAUUAUGGAUAAAUUAUUGUACAUAAUCAUCAAAUGCAAGGAAAAUUGCGACAUAGUUUUAAUAACCUCACGUGCCUAUAAUUUUGAACAAAUUAACCAAAAAUAAUUGAGGAAGGUAUUACUAUGAUUCUUUAAUGUGUUAUAUGUGAUGUAUAUUGGCGAAUGCAUAACUGUCAGUCGUCUUGCAUUGUAAGUAUAUCACAUGUAAGCCUCCUAUUCAUAAUACUAUAUGGAAUUAUCAUGUUGGGUCAAUUAUUAGUGCAUGCUUUCUUUGGAAUGACUUCUUAGUGGAGAUUUCCUUAUCACAAGCGCAUGAUCUAAUUUAUUUUAAUGUUCAUAAACUAAGAAAGAAAGAAAUGAAAAUCUACAAACUCAUGUGAAGGUAUUUUGUGAAGAUAUAGUAAGUAAACGAUUAGCCUAGGGACUGGUACAUUAAUUUCUAUUACGAUGAAGACUUAGUUAGCAAUAGGCGAGGAAAUGGUUGUGUAUUUAGAGAAAAAAUGUAAAAAGGAGGAAUUUCCUUUCAUUACGAAAUCUGGAAAUGAAAUCAUUUCUAUGGUUUUGGCACAAAUAAGAACAAAAAAAGUUCUUACACUCUGUCCACUAUUGUUUUGAUUCCAGGUUCCAUGGUUUAUAUUUUGUAAGAAAUACAAAUAUAACAAAGCGGCAAAGGCACCGUUAGUAAGCAUUUCCUUUAGGCCUGUGCAUUAUCCCCUAAUCUCGAGCGACGUCGAUUUUGGCGUACGUUGUAGUAUGACCAUCACGCAGUGCUGCACCAGUACUCCAGAUGUGCAAGGUUCAAAUCCAUAUGUAAUUUCAAAAGAUUUGGCUGUUUUGUUUUAUUUUAUUAAUUUUGUAAGUCGACAUAUUAAACACUAGAGGUUUAAUUUCAGUUCUUUAUAAGUUUAAAAUGUAUUGAAUGACCAUGUCUGCCAAAGAGAAUUUGGUUCAGAAACGGCAGAAAUAUGCAGUACUGUCAGAGAAUAAUAAA